AACAAUCAAUAUACUAUGGAGUAUAUUUUAUAAUUAACUUAAAACGACACAUACUUACACCCUAUUAGGCAAUCAAUCAUUAAAAAAAAAAACUCCCCCUUGUACUGGAUCUGGAUAAAAAACCAGAGAAGAGGAAAACCCACAUUGUUCUUCAUCUUUUUCCAAUUCUAGCUCAAUGGCUGUGAGAUUCUGUUCUGCUCCUUCCCUCAUAACCCAGAAUUAUAUGCCCGUCAAAAAGCCUGUUCACAAGAUUUUGAGGGUUACUCACAGUCAAAUUCCAGUCCAGAAAACACCUCCGCCUCAGAUGAUCACAUCUUCUUCAAUUAAGAUUAAGAUUUUCGAGGAUCAGUCCAGAGGUAUCGUUUGCUACAAAGAUGACAGUGGAGAGAUAACAUGUGAAGGGUACGAUGAGGGCCCUCGUCCAACAUCAAGUUAUCGUCCAAGAGAUGCAGGGAUCACCGAUCUUCUUCUGAGAAACUGGCUUCAAAUGGUUGAAGGUGGCGGAAAAGGCUUCAACUGAAUGGGUUCAAACGCACAACAAAUUGUGCUAAUAGUAUCUGCUGACACUGUGGAGUAUCUUUGGAAUAGUUGUUAUUUUAAGCCUAAGUGAACUAGAAUGUAAAAUCAAGACAGUUUUUCAUCGACGGUGCAAUGUACGAUAUAAGCAAACAGAGGGAUUUCCCUGGCAUUGCUACUAAGACCAGUUCAUCCGUAGCUCGCCUCGGUCCCCAAGUAUUUCCGUACUCCAACUGGAAUCUUCUAUUGAGACAAAUCAUGUGUUUGUCUGAGAGGAAAAUAAUGAACUUCGUAGCAAUGAAAAGGGAAGUAGCAUUGUGUGUUUUUUACUUGCACUUAAACGGUACCCGAAUUGUAAAUCAAUUUUCUUAAUUAUCUACUUUUAUGGCUCCUUGUAAUCGA